GCGGCCGUUCGGCAGCGCUGCGAGGAUGGAGCCGCCCGAGGAGGUGCGGGCGCGGCUGGAGCGGGCCGGGCAGGGCCACCUCCUGCGCUUCUGGGCCGAGCUGGACCCGGCGCAGCGCGCGGAGCUGCUGGCCGCGCUGCCGCCGGGUCUGGGAGAGCACUGCCGGCUGGCGGCGGCCUGCGCCCGGCCGCGGGAGCGCCUGGAGCGCCUGGACGGCCGCGUGGAGCCGCUGCCCGCCGCGGUCCUGGGCAGCGUCCGGCACUGCGGCCCCGCCGCGCUGCAGCGCUGGGAGGACGAAGGUUUGCACCAGAUCUCACAGAACAAAGUGGCAGUGCUGCUGCUGGCUGGAGGACAAGGAACCCGCCUGGGAGUGAGCUACCCCAAGGGCAUGUACAAUGUGGGACUGCCCAGUGGCAAAACCUUGUAUCAGAUCCAAGCAGAAAGGAUCCGCAAAGUGGAGCAGCUCGCUGGCCAGAGGCACCACUGCAAGUGUACCAUCCCCUGGUACAUCAUGACAAGUGAGUUCACGCUGGGGCCAACAGAGGAGUUCUUUGUAAAACACAGCUACUUCAACCUGGAUAAAGCCAAUGUAAUCAUGUUUGAACAGAGGAUGCUGCCAGCUGUCACCUUUGAUGGGAAGGCCAUCUUGGAGGAGAAGGGGAAAAUUGCUAUGGCUCCAGAUGGCAAUGGUGGCUUAUAUCGUGCUUUGGUGGAUAAUAAGAUCUUGGAUGACAUGAAGCAGCGUGGUAUCCAGUAUGUCCACGUGUACUGUGUAGACAACAUUCUUGUCAAAAUGGCAGAUCCAGUCUUCAUAGGCUUCUGUGUUGCCAAAGGAGCAGAUUGUGGUGCCAAGGUGGUGGAGAAGGCCUACCCCACAGAGCCUAUUGGGGUGGUGUGCCGUGUGGAUGGGGUCUCUCAUGUGGUGGUGGAGUACAGUGAGAUCAGCCCAGAGACUGCGCAGCAGCGAAGACCUGAUGGGGGGCUGAUGUACAGCGUUGGCAAUAUCUGCAACCAUUUCUUCACUGUUGAGUUUCUGCAGACAGUGGCCCAAAAACACGAGUCCCAGCUGAAGCACCACGUGGCCAUAAAGAAGGUGCCUUACAUUGAUGAGGAGGGAAAUCUGGUAAAACCACUAAAACCGAAUGGAAUAAAGCUGGAGAAGUUUGUGUUUGAUGUGUUCCAGUUCUCUAAGAAUUUUGUGGCAUUUGAAGUUUUGAGAGAAGAGGAAUUCUCGCCAUUGAAAAAUGCAGACACAGCUGAGACAGACAACCCUACCACUGCUCGGCAGUCCCUCCUGGCCCAGCACUACCGCUGGGCUCUCAAGGCUGGGGCCAGAUUUCUGGAUGAAGAUGGCUGCAGGAUACCAGAGAAGCUCAGUCUUUCAGGAACCGAAGAUCCUCCGGCUGUGUGUGAGAUUUCUCCAUUAGUAUCUUACUUUGGAGAGGGUCUGGAGGCGUACAUGAAGAACAAAGACUUCUGUUCUCCCUUUAUACUCGACGAAGACAAAGCAGAAAUGCUAAGAAGUUGUUGAAGAGGAGGGAGGACUUCUCCCCCUCAAAUCAGAUACGUGUCUGUCAGAGCCAUUGUAAGAACUGACCCCCCUACUAAAAUGUCAUAUGAAGUGCCUUAUGAAAACUUGCUUUGCAGUGCCAUGUUGAUGCCAAAUCCUUGCAGCAGUUAUAUAUACACAUCUGUGCCCACUCACCAGAUCUGUUUGGUGACUUUGAAGUCUGAGCCUUUUACCUCAGUCUGUUCUGUAGACAGUGAUAUGAAUGAUGAUUAAUACUUCCCAGGUACCAGACAGAUUUUAUAUUUCCUUUCUCUAGUGCAUACAAAUAUAUAACAGAGCCAGCUGGAAUCUAAUCAAUCAGUUUUGCGUUCAUGAAGAUUAGAUCUCUGCAGUGCCUUUUUUGGUAGCUUGUUUGUGCUGGGUUUUUUUUUUUUUUUUUUUUUUUUUUUUUUUUGGUAUGUUUGCUUGUUUGUUUUAAACUGUGCAGAGCUGAAGAAAAAUCAUUGUGAUGCCCCAGUCUGGAAUGACUUUGUGUACAGGACUCUUUCUGUCCAAAGAUCCAUCUUUUCUGUAAUCCUCUGCUUGUCAGGAGAUGCAGUUCAGCAUUCAUAUCCUCUAAUCAGUGUGUAUGGAGGAGUGUGCUGCAGUUGGGGUCUUUCUGUGUGUAAGUUUUACUGGAGAUGUGGGCUCUCCAGCAGGCGAGACUGGCUUGCACAAGUAGGCUCAGUGGUGGCAUUCCAAGAAAACUAAGUAAAUACACAGCUCAGACUGAUUGCUUUUUACUGCUGCAGUGACCUGCAGUGGGGAAGGAGGACACAGAAAAAGGCUGAGAACUGUUUUCACAGCAGCCUUCUCUUCUUCUCUUAUGACAAUCAUUUAUAUUGCGUGACAUUUUUCUGUUUGAUACAUAUAACAUCCCUCAGGGAGGGACUCCUGUGAAGUGACUGAAGGUGACGGUGACAGGAGGAACAAGCUGUGAUGGUAGAAUUUGAGGCUUAAUCCCAACGUAAGCAAUGUACAUAGUAAAAUGCCUCAGCUUCUACAAUUUCUGGCCAAGUGGUUUUCCAGCACUUUUUCAGUUAAGUAAUUCUUUAGGUGCCUUCCUUUUAGCAUAGAUUACUGACUAUGAUAUAUUAGCUAACUAAGGAAGGUAAUUUGCAGAAUCUCAGUAGCACAGAAGCUCAGCCCUGGCUGAGGGGUCACAGGGUGGCCAUGCCUGCCCCAGCAGAUCCUACACACCAAAGUCAUUUCACACCUCAGGAGGACUCUUCAGGUGCAUUGCUGAGUGGGGUUGGGUUGAUGAGGACACUCUGCAUUUCUCCCAGUCAGCUGUAAGGAAGGUAUUGAAUUAUAGAAUAAAGGAAUCAUAGAAUGGCCUGGGUUGAAAAGGACCACAGUGAUCUUCCAGUUCCAACCCCCUGCUAUGUGCAGGGUCGCCAACCAGCAGACCGGGCUGCCCAGAGCCACAUCCAGCCUGGCCUUGAAUGCCUCCAGGGAUGGGGCAUCCACACCUCCUUGGGCAACCUGUUCAGUGCGUCACCACCCUCUGGGGGAAAAACUUCCUCCUAAUAUCCAACCUAAACCUCCUUUGUCUCAGUUUAAACUAUUCCCCAUUGUCGUAUUGCCAUCCACCCUCGUAAACAGUCGUACCCCCUCCUGUUUAUACUCUCCCUUCAAGUAUUGGAAGGGGAGAAGUUUCAGAUGAGGCAUUUCAUGUCUCUGCUUCUAUUAUAGAAUUGUCAAUGCUGAUAUUAAGCAUUAAUCUUUUACAUAAUUGAAUUUCUGAACUUCUUCCUGUGAAGGUGUAUUCAGAAUGUUGGAGAAAAUAAAAAUAGCUUUGAGAGCAGCUAUCAUUUAUAAGUAGGCUUAUAGAGAAACCAUCUAGAUGCCAAUGGAAGAAUUUAAAGAUACAAAGCGUAUCUGCAUGUACACGAGUAAUUAGCCUUUUGUAUGUGCAGACCAUAUAACUACAGUUCUGAUUACCUCUUGCUGUGUGUGCAAUCAGUAUUUUUAGUAUAAAUUAAGCAUUUGUCUUUGACGCUCAGUUCUGUAUUUUUUAUUGUGCAUUUUUUUAUGGGCCAUUUCCAUUCCUGUCAGUCGAGUUUUGCAUCCAAGAACUGAUUGCAUUGUAUCUUUGAGAGCAUUGCUCGUCAGUUCAGGCCCGCAUUGUUUUAAAUAGCACUGUGCUAUAGAGAAAUAAUAUUCUUCUGUUCUUUCUAAAAUGCUUUUUGAAACUGAAUUACAGUUCAUUUUCUGUCUGCUUUAAUCACAUGAACACUGAACUGCUGAUAUGUUUUAGAGAUUGUUUUUGAGGAGAGGAAUUAGGAUGCGGAAUGCCUUGUGUGUUUUGUUUUGUUUCUAGAAAUUUUUGGACAAUUAAGCAUUUUGAUAAUAAAGAUGUUACUGUGA